AACUGAAGCCCUUGGCAGAGAGAAAACAAUGGUUCUUGCUUUAAAAAUUAGUUUGUCAUUCAGAACCUAGUAAUCACAUUUAGUUAAAAAAUAUUUUCAGAUUUUUAACUUUCCUGACAUUUUUGAGAUGGCAUACCUUCAAGCUCUUUUGAGGAAAAUAUCUAUAGACAAAUGGUGAACUACUGUGUCAUACUUUAUAUUUCCUUUUUUUGGGGGGGGAAACAAUAAUUUCUAGGCCUUUAGUAGGCAUAAAGAAUGCUCUCAGUGAGAUAACUGAAAAUUUUAACCAAAUAGAGUACAUCUUCCUCUUAUUUUGUACAGAGAGAAGAGCUUAUUUAUACUUUGGUGGCACAAUAAGGAUAUGGCCAAGAGUCCCAACCAAUAUGAUAUUGUCCGAGUAGUAUUCACAAAUGAUCUUAAUUAUGAGUAGCCUCUGUAUAUGUGUGUGAAAGGAAAGAUUGAUUUUGACUGUUCGGGGGCCCUAACCAAAUUUUGUGUCUUUAGAGUUCAUGAUUAAGUGCAUAAGGGAAAAGCCGAGGUUCUGCAUAAAUCAGCCUGUGUCAGAAAAUUGUAAGAGCAGCUUUUUGCCUUUGCUCCUUUAAUUUGCACUGGAAUGAAAAGGAGGUGCUCGAGUGUGUGCAGGUGCGUGUGCACACGCUGAAUCACAUAAGUAGCGAGCAGGACAGCCCCAGGUUUCCUUUUUCCGUAGUAGGGAAAUUGUCUCACAACAUCUGAUGGUGUUUACAUUUUUAUUGAAUUUUUUUCAUCAUCAGAGGCCACUCAAGAUAUGACUUAUGCAGCCUCAGAAGCAAGUAGUCCCCAGCAUUAUAAAUACUGCAGUCUGAAACCAACAUAAAUCAGGGAUAACAAGCUUCCUCACUGAGGGGGCUGGUUUUUGUAGACUUUUAUAUCCUUCAAAAAUACCACAAUGUUUCUUCUUUAUAAAGUUAGCUAUUUGCUGAACUGGAAUCUGAAUAUUACAUCUUACAAAUUUUAUUAAGUACAAAUAUUUUUAACAGGUUUAAAGGUUUUGCUUUCAUUAGUAUCCAUCAUAAAAUAAUUUUACACUACCCUCUGACAUACACGUAAGAUGGUCUGUCCUGGUGAUUUUAGGUUGAAGUUAGUUUUGUCUAAAUUAUGCAUUUCAGAUGAGUCAUUUGGCACAAAGUUGCACAAAACUUGUUUUGACUUACUACACUGUACUUUAGUGAAACUGAUAAAAUCAAUUGUUUGUAAACCCUUAAACCUUUGUUUUUAAAAUAUUAGUGUCAUCAUCUCUUUUCCUCUUUUUAUUGUCUUGCAACAAAUUAACCAAUACUUACCAAUAUUUUAGACCUCCCAGUAUUUCCAGGGAAAUAGUUUUAUUAUAAUCUGUCUCAUUUCACCAGUAACUCAGUUAUUACAGAAAGGGGAUUGCUGCAGUCGUUAAUUGCUACUUUGACACACAUCAUUUUCUUUCGUUCUCAAAAACAAAAAAAGCUGUACUAAAGAAUAGCCUCAACUUUUUGGAAACAUGCAACUUUUACUCCUUUAAAUGUAAUUGGUUUCUUUGUUCCAUGCAUUCUAAACAAGGAGGAAAAGCUGGCCUGCCCAAGCCAGGUGUUUCUUGUUGGCAGCCUGCUCCCUAAUGACUGCUCUCAGAGAGCAGCUGCCUACUAGUCAGCUUUGUAUGGCCUAUUGUUGCCGCACACUCCUCGUUAAUACACAUGCUGCCCAAGGCAGACCCCAAGAGUGACAUCAACUUGCUUAUCUUAAAAACCUGGAUGCAGGGUGCUGAGGUUGGCUUGCAUCUGCCUGGCCAACUAAUUGUGAGCUUUCUGGCCUAUGAUUGGCUGUUAUUCCACUCGAUAGUAGGUUAAGCAAAGACAUUGCCCGUCCAUCUGUUCAACCAUUCAUUGUUUUUCUUGCCUGCCUGGAAGUCUGCAGCUAAAAUUGUGUUAAGGAGUUACUGCUGAAGCUGCUACAGAAGCCAGUGUCUUUGUAUUUUCCUGCUAACGAAUACGGGGUGCUUUGCAUUCAGGAAUACAGAAAAAGCAGCAAAGUGGAGUCAGGUACACGGAACAGCUUCAUGGGCUUGAAGGAUCACCUGGGGCACGACCUAGGCCACCUUUGUGUGGAGAGCACUGACCCACAUUUAAGCACAUCUGUACCUUGGCCAAUGGUAGAAAAACCAACAAUGGAUAAAGUUAAUUCCGGGAAGGCAGGAAAGGAGGUGUCUGAAGAGAAUGCGAGCUCCGGUGACUCUGAAGAAAGCACAAAUUCUGAUCAUGAGUCAGAACAAUUGAGUAGCAUUUCGGUAGAGCCAUGCUUGUUAACCAAGACUCACAGACAACUCUGUAGGUCUCCCUGUUUAGAGCCUCAUGUCCUCAAAGGCAGUGAAAUCUUACAAGACUUGACACCCGAAGAGCCCCAGACCACAUCCAAGGAAGUGAAGAAACCCCCUGACGUGGUGCGAGAAUACCAAACGAAACUGGAGUUUGCACUUAAGUUAGGUUAUUCUGAAGAACAAGUUCAGCUUGUGCUGAACAAACUUGGUACUGACGCUUUAAUCAAUGAUAUUUUGGGAGAACUUGUCAAACUUGGAAAUAAAAGUGAGGCUGAACAAACAGUUAGUACAGUGAACAGUAUAAUGCGGGAAACGUCUUCCCUGGAAUCUCAGCGGUCUGAUUCUCCGAUGCAAGAGAUUGUCACGGAUGAUGGAGAAAACCUGAGACCGAUCGUUAUUGAUGGCAGCAACGUGGCAAUGAGCCACGGAAACAAAGAAGUGUUUUCCUGCCGAGGAAUAAAGUUGGCAGUGGACUGGUUUUUGGAAAGAGGCCACCGAGACAUCACUGUUUUUGUUCCUGCCUGGAGGAAAGAGCAGUCCCGGCCUGAUGCUCUCAUUACAGAUCAAGAAAUUCUUCGUAAAUUAGAGAAGGAGAAGAUCCUGGUGUUCACUCCGUCCCGGCGAGUCCAGGGCAGGCGGGUGGUGUGCUACGAUGACAGGUUCAUCGUGAAGCUGGCGUUCGAGUCCGACGGUAUAAUUGUGUCCAAUGAUAACUACAGGGAUUUGGCUAAUGAAAAACCAGAGUGGAAGAAGUUCAUAGAUGAGCGAUUAUUAAUGUAUUCAUUUGUCAAUGACAAGUUCAUGCCCCCUGAUGACCCUCUUGGCAGGCACGGUCCGAGCCUGGACAAUUUUCUGAGGAAGAAACCUAUUGUUCCCGAACACAAGAAGCAGCCUUGCCCAUAUGGAAAGAAGUGCACCUAUGGGCACAAGUGCAAAUAUUAUCACCCGGAAAGGGGCAGUCAGCCCCAGCGGUCGGUGGCCGAUGAACUUCGUGCCAUGUCAAGAAACACGGCUGCCAAGACUGCAAACGAAGGAGGACUGGUGAAAAGCAACAGCGUCCCCUGCAGCACCAAGGCUGACAGCUCUGCCGACGGCAAGCGAGGCGCCCCAAAGAGGCAGUCGGACCCAAGCAUCAGGACUCAGGCCUACCCAGACCUAGAGGAAAAGCUUCCCACCAAAAAUAAAUUGGAAACCAGGUCUGUACCCUCCUUAGUGAGUAUACCGGCUACUUCUACUGCAAAACCCCAAAGCACUACAUCUUUAAGCAAUGGCCUUCCAUCUGGAGUUCAUUUCCCACCUCAGGAUCAAAGACCACCGGGACAAUAUCCUCCAAUAAUGAUGACAACCAAAAAUCAUGGAACGCCAAUGCCUUACGAACAGUACCCCAAAUGUGACUCCCCUGUUGACAUUGGGUAUUAUUCCAUGUUGAAUGCAUAUUCAAAUCUGAGUAUCUCAGGCCCACGAAGUCCUGAAAGGCGUUUUUCCUUGGACACAGAUUAUAGGAUCAGCUCUGUAGCCUCUGACUGCAGCAGUGACGGGAGCAUGAGCUGUGGGAGCAGUGACUCGUACGUGGGCUACAACGACCGGUCCUACGUCAGUUCUCCCGACCCACAACUCGAAGAGAAUUUAAAGUGUCAGCAUAUGUACCCUCACAGCCGCCUUAAUUCCCAGCCCUUCCUGCAGAAUUUCCACGACCCCUUAACCAGAGUGCAAAGUUACAGUCACGAAGAACCAAAGUACCAUCACAAGCCGCCUCUUCCCCACCUGGCUGUGCACCUGCAGCACCCAGCGGUGGGAGCCCGGUCCAGUUGUCCUGGCGAGUACCCCUCUCCGCCGAGUUCAGCACACAAGGCACCACACCUGGGGCGGUCCUUGGUGGCCACGAGACUAGACAGCAUUUCUGACUCUCGGCUGUAUGACAGCUCUCCUUCAAGACAGAGAAAGCCUUACUCCCGCCAGGAGGGGCUGGGGAGCUGGGACAGGCAGGGCUACGGGAUUGACACCUACGGCUACCGGCAGACCUACUCCUUGCCUGACAGCGCCACGCAGCCCUGCUAUGAGCAGUUCACCUUCCAGAGCCUCCCCGAGCAGCAGGAGCCCCCCUGGCGGAUUCCGUCCUGCGGGCUGCCACAGGACCCCCCGAGGUAUCCGGACAACCGAGAGAAGAUCUACAUCAACUUGUGCAACAUCUUCCCACCUGACCUUGUGAGAACUGUCAUGAAAAGGAACCCUCACGUGACAGACGCCCAGCAGCUAGCCGCAGCCAUUUUAGUGGAGAAGUCGCAGCUGGGCUAUUGAAAGAUGAUGCAUCUUUGUGGUGUUUAGUAGUUUUUUGUUCAGCUCAAAUGCUGAGGGAGGUUUGCUACAAUAGCACAUGUGAUCUCCUUCUCAGCAAGGAGGUUAUAUAGUAUCCAUUUAUGUGAAAUACUGUAUCAUGGAACCUGUAUGUAUAGCCCCACAUAGUGGAAGUAUCACGGGAUUGCUUUACAUUCAAACUUUUUUUAACAUUUCCUUUUUAAAGCUAUAUCCUUGGCUGGAAAUUUUUCCAGUUUGAUUUAUUAGAUGUGAUCUUUGAUAUUAAUCUUUGGUGCAUCAGGGGUUUAUAUGCAGCACUUUUUAUCCUUAUUUCAUGUUUUAUUAACUUGGUGUUUCUCUAUCAAUUGCAAGCAAUUACAAUACCUUCAGAAUGUUGAACAUUUGACUAGACCUAGCAAACUAUUUUUUCAAGCCAAGCUUAAUUGAAUCUUUUACAGCUUUUUAAGUUAUUUUUAUUUGGGGGAAGUGGGCUUCUUUGUGCUAUAAUCAUUAUUUAUAGAAACAAAGAUAUACUACAGCACUGACUAUAUUUUAAACAAAUGUAAGUUACCAGUUUAUGUUGAAAUGGGUAACAGUAUAUACUAGAAUGAUUUAUAAUAUGGCACUUUUUAUUUUAUUUUUGUUCAGAUUUUUUUUUUGUCUGUUACGUAAUUAGUUAAUUUAAUAUGGCAGAUUUGAAGGAAAGCAGAUGCAAUCAAUGGGAAAAAAAUGUUUCCAUUUUUAUUUUAUGAAUAAGGCAAAAGCCGUAACUGUUACAGUUUCGAGCUUUGCAAUCCAGCUAUGAUGUGCUUCUAGAUAGUAGAAAUGGAAUUGAAUUCCUAGAUUUCCAUUGACCUGUAUUUUUAAUGUGUUUGUCUUUUUGUUUGGGGGCACAACAAAACUGGAUAAAGUAACCCUUUCGCAGUACUUGCCUGUUUUUAAUGAAUCUAAUUAUUCUCAAUGCAACUUUUAUAUUUAAUAUACUCUCUAGCUUUCCUGCUGUUUAUCAAGGCUGGCCUGAGGUGGUUUUAUGUGUUGAGAAUAUGCAACACUUAUUGAUACUGCACUAUGGAAAUGGCGAUGGAGGAGUUGUAAAUGGUAACUUAACAUUUUUGUAAGAUACUGUAUAUUUUCCAUUUUCCUGAAGGUUGUUUUAUGGGGGAGGGGGGGCUAUUAUAUUAUUAAGGCCAGAUUCUUGCCACAAAUAGUGUAGUUUUAGAUACAGACUAAAGUCUGUUUUAGUAUUAGUAAGGGAUAUUUCUGGUUUCAAAGUCACGGGUUUUGCUAGAUGCUAAUUCAUUUUCAUCGGUUAGAAGGUAGAUACUGCGAUCAGUGGCAGACAGUUGUGUGAUUGGUAUGACUUCCCUGUUGCCUCCAGUUUUUGAAUUUUACGUAGUGAAUGACUCGUUCCGAUCUGUUUCCUCAGUCUGCCAAGAUGCCCUGGGUAUUCUGAUUACUCCACAUGCUACAGUUCGAAGGAAAGCCCUGAAAAACCAGAAAGUACCUUUUACUGUUGAUACAAAUUGUAUCUUUUUAACUAUAAGAACUUUUUGAUUUGUAGAUCUAGUUAAAACACAAAAGUGUAACAUGAUUAGACUUUUGGGCAACAUUUUAUCCCUUAUUUAAAUACAAAUUUUUUUAAGUAAAAUUGAGGUCUAGAAUAGGGUAGAAAAUUAAAGUAACAAUUUAGGUAAAUAAAAGUGUCUGUCCUAGUUUUAUAUAAUAUAUUAAAGUAUAUUAAAUAAAUUUAUUGGCAUUUUCUUUCUCCUAAAAACAUCUAGUGUGAACUUAAAAUAAAGGUAAAAUGCUGCCUGAAAAUAAUGUCCAAGCACCUUUGACUAGGAUAACAUUUUCACUACUUGUGUGACACUGUGUGUUGCAUGAAGUAGGGUUUGGGUAUACAGUAAAUGCUUCUAAAAGGCAUUGUGCAUAUUGACAUAUCCAAUAAUCUGAACCGUGUUCAGCAAACUUAAUCCAGGAAAGUGGUGUUCUACACAGUUGUUGCUGUUGUUGUUUGAAGCGAGUGUGGCUCUCGUCUGUAACUAGAAAGAAUGCGGAGGAAGCCACACACCAUUCCGGCGGUGUCUGCCAGGGCGCCCCCCUCGCCUGUGAACUUGUUCUCCUUGUUUCGUGGGUCACGCUCUGUAGGACAAGCCUAAAUGCAGAGGCGAAACCAGUGCCAAAAAUAGGGUUACAAAUGCAUGGCACCUUUUAUUUCAGUCAUAUUCCAAGUCUUUUUCUUAUUUUUAGUGUGAAAUCACUUUUAAAAUGUACAUGUAGUUUUUGCUUCCAUUUUCUUAACUUUAAUAUCUCAAUUGUUUGGAGAUGCUGGCAAACAUUACUAAAUUUAUUUAAGUGAGAUUUUAGGUGAAAUGUAUAUCACACCUUUAACUGUACCUUCUAAAUGUUUUUAGCCAACCAUCUGUCAUUGCUUCAUGGAUUUUAGACUAUGGGGAAUGGGGGGCUUGCCCCGCCUGUCCUGAGUGGAGAGCUCUGAGCUGCCCACACUGAAACCCUUCAGUGUAAUUGUAAGUGAAGAUACAGCCAUUUUCUUAUGACGAGAGGACAAUUUGCCGCCCCUCUCCUCCCCCUUUUAUUGAAGCACCAGUGUUGCUUUCAGAGCUUAAGAAUCAGGUAUUUGGCAGACUUUAGAUACAUCCAAUUCUUAAUUAUCUAAAGCAAUAUGUAAAAGGAUCCACCGUUAAAAUAAACCCAUAGCUGAAUCCAAACCUUUAAUUUAGCCAAAACUUUUACCUUAAUCCUAUCUUUUACCAGACUCGCUAAUAGAUAAGAGAGGUGGUUAGUAAGUAGUGAAGCUGCCAGGAGAAAGGAUUCCGGUUGGAAUUUCCUGAGAGUUGACUGUACUUUACACAGCAAUUAGCCAGUUCAUUGUUUCUGUGUCUUAGUACAAAGGGAAUAAUCCCCAACUGGCCAAGAACUGGCCCUUCGUUAUUUCCUCCUUUCUCGCAUGUGAUAGGUAAGUUUUCAGGCUCCUUUUAUCGCCUCUGUAUCCCUAUAGAGUUUGUCAUUGACCUAAACAUUGGAAAGAAAUGCAAACCAGUAUAAAAUAUUUGAUGCUGGUAGAAACUAGAACUUUGUGUUUUCAUGAGAAUUCAUUUAUAAGCAUAUGUAAUAUAACUAAAAAGAAUGUUUAUGUAUAUACAUACUUGUUAUGAAGUAUUAACAAUGGUAGGGUGUUAGAAUUUUGAUGGCUGACUUUUCCUUAGUUGAACUGUGUUUCCUUGAUCUGUGCAUGCCCAAGUCUGGAGUCCAGGUGACCAAUGAUGAGAUUUGGAAACACUUGAAUGGAAAGUGACUCUUCACUGGCUUUAUUUCUGGUAUUUUUAAAGACUUAUUUUGAUAAUUUUAAUAGAGUGUGUAACUUUAAAACACAUGCAAGAAAAACUUUAAAGUAGUAUUGAUUAUACAGAUAAUUAUUUAACAUGCCUUUUAUGGAUGUAUCUAUAUGUAUAUAGACAGUAAUAUAUUUAUAAAACAAAUAUACUUUAUGUUUAGCUGUCAGUUUGUGGUAGGUGGGAGGGUGGCUGUGUGUGUGUGUGUGUGUGUGUGUGUGUGUGUGUGUGUGUGUGUAAAACUAUCGAGCUGUGUUUCCUGGUUGAAGGGCAUUUGCCCUAAGGUAUAUUUGAUUUGGGUUAUUCUUUUUGCUAUCCAACUUCCUUCUUCAUGAUGAAAUAAGAUGCACAGUUUUCUGGCCAUUCGGUUAGUGGAUGGCCCACCCAUUUUAUUAUCAUCCAACUCCCAAAGCAUUCCAGAGUGACCGGAAGUCAAACAGGUCAUAGCCAUAGGGAGUGCUUAUGUUCGAAAUACAUUAAAUAUGGGAGCCCAGCUAGGAUGUUGGCUUCCUAGGUAUAUGCCAACAAAUACAACUCGGUAUAAAGUACAUGAACUUCAUACAUGUAUUAGAAUAGAGAACGGGCGUGGAAGUAGAGGAACAUGCAUUAAUUUAGAUUAGUCUGGGAAACCCCCUAGACAAAGAUUGACAAAUUUUUUCUAUAAAGGAUUGGAUAGUAAAUAAUUCAGGCUUUGAGAAUGAAUGAUAUGGUCUCUGUAAACUACUUACCUCUGCCCCUACAGCAUGAAAUUAGCCACAGACAAUAUAUAAGUGAGUUAGUGUGGUUGUGUGCAAAGAAAACGUAAUUUACAGGAACACGCAGUCAUUCAGAUUUGGCCUGUGGGCCACAGUUGGCUGAUCCCUGCCCUACCAGGAGAAAACAGACAUGUUAAGCAUUAAAUCCUGAUAUAUGUUAAGAAAUAAUUGUAUUUCAGUUGACAUAGAAAGAAAAUCAUUUAUUAAUGGCCUUCAAAAGAAGAAUGUGACACAGUCAUAUUAAAGCAUCGUAAUUCAUUUAUGGGUCCUACCAGCUCGUACCCAUUAUUUAUUAGUGAGAUUUCUUAUGUUUAACCACCAAAAAUAAAGCAUUCUGUAAAAAGAUAUUUUAGUAAGUACUGAAAAUUUUUCAUGAACUUUAUAUUUCUAUUGAUAAAUGGGACUCCCUCACCUACCUUUUGUUUCUUAAGGGCCUCAUGGACCAAAAAUUCUGUUGUAUUUUGAAAAUUAGCAUAUAAUUAACCACAAAAUAUUUUAAAGACUGCAUCUAUCAGUUACAUUUUUCUGCUGGUUUUUGACUUCUAAAAAAUGGAUAGAUAGGCCCUUCUUUAAAAAUGGUUUUAAAGAAGAUAAAUAUAUUGUAAUUUCAUAUACUAUAUUCUGUGAGGUUACAAAUUGUGACUAGUAUAAUGGUAGCUAAACAGUGAAUGCAUUGACUGUAUUGGUGUCUCUAUAAGAAACAGAGUGUAUCGCUGCUUUCGCUGCCCAAACCUUCGGUGUAGAUUUUUUUAAAGAUGCCUUGGGACAGCCCUUGGUGAAUGGUAUUCUUAACAUGAUCAUGUGUAAUUUUAAAUUCAUUGGACACACACCCUGCAGAGCAUGUGCAUUCAGUGUUCUAUAAAUUGUUACGUCAGUAACAUCGUUUCCAUCAGUCUUGAAUGUUGCAAUCCACUUAAGUAGUCAUACUUUCUUAUAAAAUUGGAAUACAACUCAAGCUUUUACAGUAACUGGUUACUUAACAUUUUUACUUGAAUGCGUCUAUUAACCUGCUUUUUACUUCCAUUACAGUAAUACUGUUGUAUGUUAGUGGCUUUUCCCCAAAGUCCUUAGUCUUUCAGAUUUAAAAACAACAUAAAGUUUCGACCAUUAGCAGUUAAGAAAGUGUCUGCGCAUAUUUUAAUCGUUUAUAACAUUUGUAACGUUUCACUUUCUAAACCAUGGACCCAGUUUGCCAAUUUUCCGUCCGGACAUCUCAGAUGAAUAACAAAUGGUUGUACAUGAAAGCUUUUGAACCCGUUCCUAACGCCGCCUGUGUCUCAAGGGAAAAGGACAUUGGAGCAAUGGUUUGUUUUUGUAAAGAAUAUGUUUUAGAUUUCCUUAAAAUUAUAAAUUUCCUAGCUGAGACGGAACACCCACAAACAUGCAGGCUUCUGCAGAUGUGCACACAGCGUUGCAGGCGAGCCAGGUGACUGAUUUGGUCUUUCCUUUUCCAAAGCCUAGUUGUAUGCGGACAGCAGUUUCCGAUGGGAUCCUUCAAACUUUUCUUAUAGGAAAAUAAGGCAGAGAACAUCCUUAGAACAACCAUUUGAUCAACUGAUGUGAUUUCUGUUUAUCCUGUGUCUAUUCUGCAUGUUUCUGUAAUGGAAUUUUUACAACUCCAAAAAGCAGUGUUUUAGACCUACUGGAAAUCGUAUCAAAACGGCUAUGUGAUUCUGCCUCUGAGAAAAAAUAAUUAAAAAAUUCAUUUUUCUUA